AUGCUCCAUUCAGAUAAGGCCCGAUUCAGGCUUGAAAUGACCAUUAACCAAUUAUCUAAUAUCCCCCAAUUAAGUGGUAAGUGCGGUUUAGAAUUAAGAAUAGGUGAUAAACGAGGAUUCUCCUUAACCCGGAACAAAACGACUGUGAAUUCAGAUCUGUCUAAUGGCAACGGUCCAUCUGCUACAAUUAGUUCAUCAUCAUCACCUUCCGGAGUAUCUGUUUCUACGGGACUCCGGAAGAUCCAUAACUUCAAAUGUGCUUUCAACUGUAAAGUGACAUGUAACUUGAAGUUCCCCGUUAAGAAGUCAGAGAAUCUUAUUGGUAGCAAACAUGCCUAUUUCACAGUGUACACUCGGACAUCUCCGGUACCCAACAGCAAGCAAUCGGAGCUGCUGAUGCUGCGGUCGUCACAAUCAUAUAAUCAUCUUCAUUAUGACACAUUGGGGAAAGUAGACAUUAAUCUUUCGGAGUAUCUUAACUUCCGAGAACCCAAGACGUCCAAAUACUUGCUACGAGAUUCCAAGGUUAAUUCCAUUCUUAGUGUGACUGUUCUGUUGAAGGAGAUCCCUCCGGAUGUUGAGUUUCAUACCAAUCUUCAGGUUGAGGAUUUGUCCAAUCUGACUGGUUCACCCACAACGGCAACAACAACAACUACUACAACCAGUAGUUCCUUAGGAGCGAAGAAGGCUCUGGCGUCUCCAACGUUUAACGUUCCGGUAUUUGAGCGGAAGAAUGUAUUCUCCGGCUUCAAUGAAGUUCUUACUGGAGGAGGCGAUACCCAUAGUAGUCAAUCUGGAGGCAAUGGAACCACCCAUAGUGAUGGCUCAGUUCAAAAGAAUACAACAAAAACUACCACUGCUGCUCCUGUUUCUGCUGCUAACAAUAGUAUUGAACAACCGUUGAUAAUGGAUACAUUGGUUAGUACUUUAUAUAAGAGGGUAUUGGAAAGUACUUGGGACCCUGAGCUUCAUACACUAUUGAAUUAUCCUCCAGAACAAUGUAUCAAUGAUAUCUUUGAGAGUCCCGAUAGUUUCAAAGAAGGCUGGAACGAACGGUUAUCUCAGAAGUUUGGCGUUAAACCUGGUGAUAAUGAUGAUGAAGAUGAUUCACAUCGGAAUUUGAAUGGGUUAAUCAAUGAAAUAUCAUAUCGUGAAGAUUUAAAGAGCUGGGGUUAA